GUACACUGAACUAGGAACAAGGUUCUGUAUAUUCCAGAGCAGCAUUAGUAUGGGAGCUUUUUCUAAAUUUGCAGAGCAGAGCAGCUCCGGCCCUGCUGUCUGUAGAGCUCUAUAUGUUGGUGCUAUCAUGGCAUAUAUCGGGGGCGUGGCAGUUCCCCGCUGGAUCAACUACAAGAAGGCGGAGAGGGAUUUGAAGAAAAAAACUAUAUCCUCGGUUUCUAAACAUUAUCCAGGAAAGGAGUCAAAACAGAAGGCUGCAGUUAAUAAACAGUUCUUUCAACAGCUCAAGAAACUGUUAAAGAUAAUGAUUCCUGGUUUAUGGAGUUUUGAGGCAGGUUUACUCUCCAUUCACACUUUUGUACUGGUGGUUCGAACCUUCCUCUCCAUACACGUAGCUCAACUGGAGGGACGGAUGGUUAAACAUAUUGUCAGGAGAGAUGUCUCUAGUUUCGCCUGGUUGUUUGCUUCCUGGUUUGGGGUUGCUAUACCUGCUACUUUCAUCAACUCACUCAUCAGAUACCUGGAGAACAAACUUGCAUUGGCUUUCAGAACCAAACUAGUAAACGAGGCCUACCACAGGUACUUGAGUGAUCAGACCUAUUACCGAGUCUCCAACCUAGAUGGAAGGUUGGAUACUCCAGAUCAUUGUCUCACAGACGACCUUUCAGCUUUCUCAGCAAGUGUUGCUCAUAUAUAUUCACAUAUAUCUAAACCUCUACUGGACGCAACUCUCAUCACAUUCUCUCUAUUCAGGAUCGCUAAAGCUCAGCAAUCAAAUACAUCAGCAGGUCCUAUAUUAGCUGGUGUAGUGGUAUGGGGCACUGCCAGGCUACUAAGAUUGGUGUCACCAAAGUUUGGUGAAUUGGUGGCAGAGGAAGCAGCUAGAAAAGGUCAUCUUCGAUAUAUUCAUUCCAGGAUAAUAGCGAAUGCUGAAGAAAUUGCGUUCUACUCCGGGCACGAGGUUGAGCUGGUAAACCUGAAACAAGCUUACUCCGGACUAGUAGAACAAUCUAACAAGAUUUAUCUGAGUAAACUCUGGUAUAUUAUGCUAGAACAGUUCCUCAUGAAGUACGGUUGGGCAGGAACCGGGAUGGUUAUGAUCUCUAUUCCAAUCCUAACCUCUCAGAAGGAUCAGAACGGAGAAACUGGGAUCAGUGAUCGUACAGAAUACUACACCACUGCUAAGAACUUGUUGACGAGUGGAGCGGAUGCUAUGGAGAGGUUGAUGACAGCAUACAAGGAGGUUGUAGAACUAGCAGGAUACACACAUCGUGUACACAAUAUGUUCACAGUAUUCGAGGAUUGUGCUAAAGCUAAGUAUGACCGUGGUGUGGUGAGUGUAUGUCAGGACCUGGAGUUGAAGGACGGACUUCCUGUUAUCCAGGGAGUAGUUGAGGAGUCCCAGGAGUAUAUUAGCCUGGAUAGGGUUCCUAUUGUUACUCCGAACUGUGAUGUCAUUGUGUCCAGUUUAUCUUUAAAGGUUCAACCUGGCCAGCAUGUUCUUAUCUCUGGUCCCAAUGGAUGCGGAAAAUCAUCUUUAUUCCGUAUUCUCUCUGGCUUGUGGCCGGUUUACAAGGGAAAAGUGGUUCGACCCAAUCCUUCCAAGAUUAUCUUCAUCCCACAGAGACCAUACAUGACCAUUGGAACAUUGAGGGACCAGGUGAUCUACCCGGACAGCCAGAUUGAGAUGUUGAGGAAAGGUUGGAAAGAUCAUGAUCUAGAGAAUAUUCUUGAGAUUGUAAACCUCAAUCAUAUUGUUACCAGGGAGGGAGGCUGGGACGUUUCUGCAGAUUGGAAGGAUAUAUUAUCAGGUGGGGAAAAGCAGAGAAUGGGGCUGGCUAGACUAUUCUAUCAAAAACCAGUGUGGGCUCUGUUAGAUGAGUGUACGUCUGCAGUUAGUAUUGAUAUAGAAGGGAAAAUAUAUCAGGCAGCUAAGGAUGCAGGAGUCACACUUCUAACCAUUACUCAUCGUCCGACCCUAGCACAGUUCCAUACACAUCUACUACAGUUCGAUGGACAGGGAGCCUGGAACUUUGGAGCUCUUUCUCUGCAGGUGUUCUCUAGUUUAGAGGAGGAGAAGAAUAAAAUAGAAGAGAAGCUGAGACAGGUUCCUGAAAUUGAAGAGCGUCUGCGUGAGAUACAGAAUAUCAUUGGUUCAGAGAAAACUAUUCUUAACUCAGACUAAAACUUGAUGUUUUAGAAGAUGAUGGUUUAAUUUAUAUAAAUAGUAAAUAUAGUUUAAUUAAAGAAGGUUUGUAUUCUGUGAAA